ACACGUAUCAUAGCUUGCAGACGAUCCAUUCAUCUCCUCUCUCUCUCUCUCUCCAUGCAAAUUCCCCAUAGAAGCAACAAAAAACAAAACUGUAAGGAGACAGCAAAUCUCGAAGAAUGAACGGCGGAAUCAACGUGAAACGAGAGGUUAUAGUCACGACGACGAUGCAUCGCCGCGGUUUUCCGGCGAUAUUAGCGGCGACGUAUGGCUGUCUCUUCGCCGGCUCCGUCGCAUCGAGCCUCCUGGCUAAGUUCUACUUCGUCAAUGGUGGCUCGAGCCGGUGGGUGUCCACGUGGGUCCAAUCCGCCGGGUUCCCUCUCCUCCUCCUCCCCAUCUACGUCCCCCACCUCCUGCUUCCCACUCUCUUCACGCGCCGCCCGUUCACGCGCUUCACGCGCCGCCGCUUCCUAUUCUCGGUCGCCGUCGGCCUCAUGCUCGGAUUCAACAACCUCCUCUUCUCUUGGGGAACAUCGUAUCUUCCCGUCUCGACAUCUUCGCUUCUCCUCUCGACACAACUCAUCUUCACUCUCAUCUUGUCCGUACUCAUCGUCAGACAGAAGAUCACUUUCUCAAACUUGAACUGCGUUGUUCUGUUAACACUGAGUUCCGUACUGCUCGCCCUCGGCUCGAGCUCCGACAAACCGGCCGGUUUAACCCGGUUUAAGUACUUCAUCGGGUUCAUCUCCACGAUCGGGGCCGGUUUACUCUUCGCGCUCUACUUCCCGGUCGUGGAGAAGCUCUACAUGAGCGUUUCAUGUUACGCCAUGGUUAUGGAGAUGCAAUUGGUGAUGGAGAUCUCAGCGACGGUUCUCGCGAUGGUCGGUAUGGUUUUCGACGGCGGGUUUGCAGAGAUGGUUAAGGAGGCGAACCGGGUUUUCACAAGAGGACCGGUUUGCUAUUGGUCGGUGGCGAUCGGAGCCACGGUGGUGACGUGGCAGCUGUGUUUCGCCGGAACCGCCGGGAUGGUGUACUUAACGUCGGGGAUCACCGGUGGGAUUUGCAUGACGGCGUUACUCGCCGUGAACGUUAUCGGCGGCGUUGUUGUUUACGGCGAUAAAUUUGGCGGCGUUAAGGCUGUGUCGACGGUGCUCUGUAUUUGGGGGUUUUGUUCGUACGUGUAUGGGAUUUACACGACGGUGAAGGAGGAAGAGGAGGAUAUUCCGGCUACGUUUUCGGCGGAGAAUGACGGCGGAGGGGUGGAAAUGGGGCAGGUUGGUGCGGCGGCGGCGGCGGCGGCGGAGGAAAGGGUGUGAUAUCUUCGUAAUUGUGACGUGCGUUACGAUAAAUUAUAAUUAUAAAAUAAAGUGUAUAUUUGUAUUCUCUUUCUAACGUUCGUUUCUUUUUAUUACGUAUGUUUUUUUCAUUUUUUUUUGGUUAAUUUAGAAGUUAUCUAAAUUUGGCCGAAUAUGUAUAUUUCUAUA